AUGGAGGUCGCUCAGAAGUUGCUGACCGAGACAUUCGGGUAUACAGCAUUUCGUCACGAGCAAGCGGGCGCCAUCGGACGGAUCCUCGCUGGCGCGAACGUCCUGGCCGUCUUUCCAACCGGCGCAGGAAAGUCCCUCUGUUAUCAGAUCCCGGCCAUUGCCUUCCCGCAACUGGAUUUGCAGAAUACCUCGAGGACACCCGGCGAGCAUGGCAUUACCAUUGUUGUCUCGCCGCUCAUCGCCCUGAUGAAGGAUCAAGUUGAUGCUCUCAAGAGAAGGAAGGUGCCUGCCGAGUGCAUCGACUCGACAAAAACGUGGGAACAGCAACAGCAGACCUACGCCGCCCUGCGAGAAGGGAAACUGCGUAUUCUGUAUUGUGCCCCAGAGAGACUGAACAACGAAGGCUUUGUUGCGACGAUGCGCCACGUCAAGGGUGGUGUGCGCCUCUUGGCCGUCGACGAGGCCCACUGCAUCUCCGAAUGGGGACACUCGUUCAGGCCCGAGUAUCUCAAGGUCGCCCGCUUCGCCGACGAGAUCGCGGCCGAAAAGGUCAUUUGUCUUACGGCAACGGCGACUCCCAAGGUCGUCGACGAUAUUUGCAGCGCCUUCAAAAUCCCGGCAGAAGGCGUGUUCCGCACAACUGCCUAUCGACCGAACUUGAACCUCCACGCCCGGGCCGUGAAGACCAAGCAGGACAAGUAUCCUCUCAUUUUCCAAUUCUUGAACGAGAACCCGGGACCAACACUGGUCUACGUCACUCUCCAGCAGCAGUCAGUCCAGUUAGCGGCUGAUCUGCGAGAGCAGGGGUUUGAUGCCGAGGCAUUCCAUGCCGGCAUGAAGGUGGAUGCAAAGGCAGAAGUCCAGGACAAGUUCUUGGCCAACCACAUCCGUAUCGUCGUGGCGACGAUUGCCUUUGGCAUGGGCAUCGACAAGCCCGACAUCCGCAACAUCGUCCACUUCGACGUCUCGAGCACCAUUGAAGAGUACUGCCAGCAGGUCGGCCGCGCCGGGCGGGACGGGAAGACCGGCAACUGCAUGUUCUACAUCUGCCCAGACGACCGGUACAUCCGCGAGAACUUUGCGCGGGGCGACCUCCCCUCGCGCAAAUCCCUCAAGGGGCUGCUGAUUGACAUCUUCGGCGAAAACACGGCUAAAUCUGUGGGCGACACCUUCAAGACGAGCCACUACGUGCAAUCGCGAGUUUAUGAUAUUCGCCAGAGUCCUCUGGCCACCAUCUACGCGGCGCUGGAGCUACGCUUCGGGCUAAUCCGCGCCAUCACCCCCGAAUACAGCGAGUACAAGUUCGCCGCAACUCCGAUGUACUUUGCCCGGAUAAAAACGGAACGCUCCCCAACAGGCAACGCCAUCUACACCAACGCGGUCAAGAAGAGCAAAUUCCACCAUGUCGACAUCAACGGCAUCGUGUCCCGCACAGGCCUCCCCCGCGUCGACCUUGUCCGUAAGCUCAACGAAAUGCACGACACGGGCCUCAUUGAGCUCAAGGCCGGCGGCAUGGAGCAGAAAUACCGCAUCCUCCAACCCCUUCCGCAAACCAACCUAGCCCUCAACGCCCUCGUCGACGACCUGCACGCCGACCUCUCGCGCCGCGAGGCUGACGCCCUGCGCCGCACCCAGCAGGUAGAGGACCUGGUCACGGGCGACCAGUGCCUUGCGCUCGCGCUGGCCCAGCACUUUGGCAUGGGUCUACCCGACGGGAAGAUCAAGUGCGGUCACUGCACGCACUGCCUGACGGGGAGGCGCGUCGUGAUGCCGCCCAGACAGCCGAGAAAGCCGGAUCUUGCAAAGAUUAAGAGGAUAUUGGCCGCGUGCGACGUCAGGGAUGACCCGAGGUUCUUGGCGAGGAUUGCGUUUGACAUCAAGAGCCCGCGGGUGACGCAGUUGAAGAUGGAUAAGCAUCCGGUGUUUAUGACGCUGGCGGAUCAUGAUUUUGAGGCUUGUGAGGGAGCUGCCGAGUGA